AUGCUGGCCUACCGUUUGUCUCUCGACACCCAGCGCGACAGCAGAAGGCGUCCCGAGGGUCUGUCCCGCAAAAAAAAACGCGGCCAAAACUGCGGAAAAACUGCAGAUUUCGAAAGCCGCUGUCUCUGCGAGCAGAAAACUGGUAAAAACUCGAAAAAAGAAAGGCACCCGCAGCCACGGAGACAGGGCGUGAGGCGCCUUGACUCUGCGCUGCAUCUGCACACCUCGCGUCUGUUUGCAUGCUUCCUGAGCUUCCGGAAGGCAAAUCGGAAUUUUUCAAGGGCGGAAGAGAUGCGACACACUCCAGAGAGACCCUCGAGUUUUCAAAAAACUUGUUUUUCCUUUCUCUCGCCUCCCCAUUGGCGUAGAGCGACGAUGUGGCGGCAACACACGCGGCACUGCGGGUUCGCGCUUUGUCGAGCGAAGAGGCGAAAUUCAUCAGUUCGUCUCCUGUAACGUUUUCGCCUCUCGCUGCCUUUUUCCUUUCCAACCGCUAUCUCCCCACUCUUUUCGUAUCGCCAGGUUGUUGUCAAAACUCGCAGUGCUUCGCGCUCACAUGCAGAGAGCAGAACCUCUGUCCAGCCACCACAGAGACUCUCGCGUCGUGAACGGGUGAGGAGAAAGGCGUCGACGGGGAUUCCGAACCGGUGACCUCUUCGAAUUUCCUGCGCAAGAACGACGAGGAGCGAAGACAAAAGCAGCGACC